AUGAGCCAGGUUUUAGCAAACUCAUCUCCCGAGUCGACUCGUCCCUCGAUUUCAACUGUAACUCAACGUCAAUACGAUGAUACCGCAUUAGAAGGUGUGGCGGCAAACACGAAGCUGCUGCUGAAAUUGGUCGAGGACCAUAGGGACGCGUGCCGGAAGGAGAAAAACGAAGGCCGUCGGAUGCUGAGGGUGGCCACGAUGAUGACCAUCCUCGACAAUAUCCGUGGCCGUAUCCAAAAAUGCCAAUCAUUGGGCCGCAAGGGAACCACCGGUCCCGAUCCAAGUCCAACCGAAAACCCAGAUGAGGAGAAGGCCCGUCUCAAGCGUGAGCUUGCAUCGAGCCUGGCCGCUCAGAAAAGCCUCCAGGCGAUGUGCUCGAGUCUCGGGAAGGAGAAGGAGAUUAUGGCGGCCGAGCUUUCGAGGAAGGCUCGGGAGCUUACGGGGAUGGAGGAGCUGAUAGGCGACUUGCGGGCCCAAAACGAGGCCCUGCUCGAGCGGGCCCGGUUGUGCGCUAUCGAGCACGGCGAGGGAAAACAAUCGGGAGGAGACGGAGUAGGGGAGCUAGAGGAGCGUAACAGGUUGCUGUCUGACCAGCUUUUGAAGUCGUUAGACGCGUAUCGAUCAAUGAAGAGGAAGCUUCGGGCGUCACACGAGGAAAACGAGAGCAUUCGCGCAACCUUAGACGAGAUGAGGCGGAAGUUCAUGGGGAGUCUCGGGAGGAUUAAGGGAUUCAAGGAAGGUGAUGAUUCGGAGUUUGAUGUUCGGGAGGAGAUUUCGGAGUUGGAGGGUAUGUUCGAGUGCUUUCGAGUGAUGGUGGAAAAGCAUGAGGUAAAGCAAGGGGAUUGCGGCGUGGAGCCGAAAGGCGGGAAUAUUAGUGCUCGUAGGCCGUCAGUUGUGGCGUGA